CGUUUAUACCGGGCCGGUCAACUGCGACCAGGACUUUGCUUUGACACCAGCAAUCUGAGAGACAAGCUAGCCAUUGUCACAGGAGGUCCUUCGUCCAAAGCCCUUUCCUGCUCCCAACCAUGUCUGAACUCAGGAACGAACAGGGGCUAGUGGGCUAGGUGAAGCUUACGUGUGAGUGCUGGUUGCUGCAGGGUGAGAACAAGGCUGAAGUUUCUUUCACAUCUUCCAGAGUCAAUGAGUAUCAUCGACGUCAACAUCAAGGGCCCCUUGUACACGGCCAAGUUGGCUUCGCACUACUUCAUCCGUCAGAAUGGCACCACACCCACCCGUGAGCAGGAGGAUACCUGCCUGAUUCUCAUCGGGUCAGGAGCAGCCUUCCUGGACUGUCCCCGGGGACCGCAGUACAGCGCGAGUAAGUGGGGAAUGCGAGGAAUCAUGCAUUCGCUGCGGCGGACCACGUACUACUACGGAUCGCGCGCCAACCUGAUUUCUCCGUGGCAGUACGUUCGAACCAAUAUCCUAUCGGACGAGGCGUUCGCCCACGUCUCCAAUGUCGGGGUGCAAUUCGCCACUACUGAAGAUGCCGGGCAGUGUCUGUUGCGGGUGCUCAGUGACCCCACCGUCAACGGUCAUUCGUUCUUCGUCACGGCGAGGAAGUGGGCAGCGAGGGGCUUCAUGCACCUGGAUUUGGAGGAUUACCCGGGAAAUGCGCUGCUUAGGGAGAUCCAGACCGAGCAGAUGCUGAGUGCGCCGGUGUCGGCGGGCUUGUUUGUGUAA